AUGAUGGACCUCUUCGAGACCAACGCAUUUUUGUGUGAUCUGCGUUACCUGGAAGAAGGAGACUAUGAAACUCUACAGAAUUUGGACCCCGCCGGAGAGUCUCUUUUGUAUCAUGAAAAUGACAGCCCGCUGUCCACAGGCCAGGAUCAUGUUCAGUCAGAGACUGGGGGCGACAGCAGCGGAGACGAGCAUGUCCUAGCACCGGCCGGGCUCCGGGCGCACUGCGAGGGCCAGUGCCUGACGUGGGCCUGCAAACUUUGCAAGAGGAAAGCAGCGCCCAGUGACAGACGCAAGGCCGCCACGCUCCGAGAGAGGAGGAGGCUCAAGAAGAUCAACGAGGCCUUCGAAGCGCUCAAGAGGAGGACCGUGGCGAACCCCAACCAGCGGCUCCCCAAAGUGGAGAUCUUACGCAGCGCCAUCAGCUACAUAGAACAACUACAGGAGUUACUGCAGCCAGAGGACGAGCCAGGGACGCAACACAACAGGCCAACGCCAUACAGCAAGGAGCGACAUGGUGAAGUUUAUUGGAAGCGCUCUGAAUCCUGCUCUCCCCCCGAAGACCAUUCCACCACAACAGUGGCAAGCCAGAAAGAGGAGUCCAUUGAUGCGUCUUGCAGCCUAUUACGGCUCUCGUCCAUCGUGGACAGUAUAAACAGCGAAGAGAAGAGCUUCACAGAGGACAGUUCAGAAAACUAA